UGCCACGGUUGGUGUGAUUGUUGACGUAAAAAUCUGGGCUAAUGUCAGGAAUUCGUGUGUUUCUUGUGCAAAAAAUUAUUUAGGCGUUAAAAAGGGUGUGAUAAUUGAUUUUGUAUAAUAAAAUUUGAGAUGUCGGUGUUUGGUGUCCCACUUUCACGUUAUGUAACACGGGGGUGACAGCCACAAAAAUCCCUAGGAACAGCUGUUAGUUGGACAACAAAAAUAUUGAAAAUGACAUGAGGUGCAAGUGUCUAACUCCAAUUUACAGAGAAUCAAAACUGAGAGAAACCGUUGUGAAAUAUUAAUUAUGGACAAAAAAAUGUGUAACAUAACCAACAGUGACAGUGACGAGCAGGAAUUAAAUCCUGAACACGAGGAACUCGAGCUAACCAACCGAGUUUUCGAUGUUAACAGUGAGGAAUUCCCGGUUUUGGGGGACCGCGUCUUUGAAAAUUUGUCCCUAGACGACGACCAACACAACUGGAGUAACAACUUAUCGGAUGAUCUCGAUGUAGGCAACAUUAACAAUUUUUUCCACCGCGUGUCCUCCGAUCAGGUUAUCUACCAGGCCAAGAAGCGCCUGAAAAUGAUCGGGAAGUACGUAAUGGGGGACCUACUAGGCGAGGGCUCCUAUGGCAAAGUGAAAGAAAUGCUAGACUCGGACACUUUAUGUAGACGUGCGGUGAAAAUUUUGAAACAGAGGAAACUCAGGAGGAUACCUAAUGGAGUACAAAACGUAGAAAGAGAAAUCAAACUACUUAAGUCACUCAAACACAAGAAUGUUAUCAAUCUAGUCGAUGUUCUGUUCAACGAGGAGAAGCAGAAGAUGUAUCUGAUAAUGGAAUUUUGUGUGGGGAGUCUCCAGGGCAUGUUAGAGUCUACGCCUUACAAAAAAUUCCCCUUAUAUCAAGCCCACGGCUAUUUCAUACAACUAAUCGACGGCCUGGAGUAUUUACACAGCAAGAGGGUCGUACAUAAAGAUAUCAAACCGGGAAACCUCCUCCUCACGUUAGAAGGAGAGUUGAAAAUUUCUGAUUUAGGCGUUGCCGAGACAAUCGAUUUUUUCGCAAUAGACGACACAUGUGUUCAAGGUCAAGGUUCUCCAGCUUUUCAGCCCCCCGAAAUCGCCAACGGUUUAGACUCAUUCCCUGGUUUCAAAGUGGACGUUUGGAGUAGCGGUGUUACACUAUACAAUUUCGUAACGGGGGAAUACCCUUUCGAAGGUGAUAGUAUUUACAAAUUAUUCGAAAAUAUAGGCAAAGGUGAAUUCACAAUACCGGAUUAUAUCGAGGAUCCCUUGAGGGAUUUAUUAUUAGGGAUGUUGAGGAAGGAUCCCGAGGAAAGGUUGAGUUUACAACAAAUUAGGCAACACAUGUGGUUUUCGCGGAGGCCGCCCAUCACUGCACCCCCCGUCCCCAUCCCGCCCUUGCGAAACGACGAAUUUCACUGUAUGACUGUCCUACCAUAUCUUUUCGAUCAUUAUUAUGACACUUCAGAUACAGCAAAUAACGUCGAGUAUUUCACAGAACGGGAGCUUAACGAAGAAAUUAAGAAACGUGAAGCCGAACAAAAUAACGGAAGUGCUCAAACGAACAACCAAAGUUCCAAACGUAGAUGGAAGAAACCAAUUUCGUGUAUCGCAGUUAGAAAAAUCCCCGGUUGUAAACAAUCUUGACAAAACUUUUGUAUUAUUUAUAUUUAUUGUUAUUAACAUUUUCCGCUAAUUACUGAUCGUAUUAAAUUGUUGUUGCAUUGUUUACAAAUUUAUAUUGUUAUAGAUGUUUAAAUCUCAAAUGUUUUUUAUUUUUGUUGAUGUCUAUAAAUAGUGGGUUUUUAAUCCGAUCAGUAAUUUGAUUUAAAAACACCAGUGGAACAGCAUGAGAGUGCCAUAUGUAAGUUACUGUGAGAAAAAAUUGAAGAAUUAAAUAAUUACGUUAACUGGUAA